GCAGCCAAGACAAAGGCGUUUCGAAUUAGAAUACCAAACAUUAUCACAUGUUCCGAGCAGCUGACUCUGACCUUGAAUGGCCGAAAAAUUAAACAAGCGAAACUGAGUUGCCAUAUAAGCUAUUUUGUAGCCAAAUAUUGUUCAGCCAGGGUUUCCCCUUCGUGUGACUCUUCGGUUUAGGUUUAGGAAAUACUCAAACUCAUACCCUGUUUGGCGAUCGGAUAGAUCGGGCUAGGCCUUCGGCCUGCUUUCAAAUGAGAGAUGAAAUGUCGGGAACCCAGGCUGAAGUCGUGCUGCUGCUGCUUGGAUCUGCGGGCCGGCUGCUUUUUUCUGGCCAUGUUCGAGAUAUUCGCAUCGGCAUUGGGCUUCUUUGUCGCCGAAGAUAGUCGAAUACUGCUGUUGGGCCGGACUGCCUACAUGCUGCACUUCAUCGGCUCGGUUUUCCUGAUGACAAGCAUCUUCGUGCAGAUCGAAGCGCUGGUCGUCAUCUAUAUGGUGACCAAUGUAGUGCAUCUGAUAUUUUGUACCGUCUUUCUUAUCGAGUAUGCCACAUAUAGCAGCUUCUGCGCCCUGGAAACCGUCCCCGCCUUCUUCACCCUGACUUUAAGCAUCUAUUUCUGGCUGGUGGCAUUCUCCUAUUGGCGACGCCUUCAAUGGGAACACAAUCCCGAGUUCGACGAGUGAGGCCAAGGGGUAUCGUUAAUUCUGGAUCUCGGGUGCUUAUUCUCUGCCUUCGUGUUUGCUUAGCCCUGUGUACUUUUCGUUUUGGCCUUAAUUUCACACUAAUUUGUAAAUUUGCCUUUAAUGCCAAAGACAAAGAAGAAAACGAAAACGAAAAGAGCAAAGUUCCGCAAAUUGUUUGCCCAGAGAAAUAUUUUUGUAUUCGCUGCGCAGGAGGAAGCAAAUGAAUUGCAGGCAAUCAGAAUCGGAGGGGAAACUAUACACUAUUGCAUUGGUUUUCCUUCUCGGAGGAACCAAUCACUUCAUUCCCGGGCAAUUUUCAAUCACGUGCUAAGUGCUGCCAGACAGAAAAGAGUCGAUUUGUCUGCCCUGCCACGUUAGCAUGCAAUGCAAGUCAAAUGGGGGGAACGGAACACUCGGAAAACCAGAGGAAAACUGGAGCUGAUUUGUGUGCUGCAUAAUUUUCCGUGCCACAACAAGAGCGGGGGAGA